CAGCCGGCGAAGCAGUCUAGAUUCCCAACUCCCGGGGGAGCUCCGGUGGGCCGUGCCAUCGCAGAGGGAGGUAAACAGAACAGCCUAUUGUGUGCACGCUAGCGAACGGCGGCGCGGACACGGGGAGAGGAAGACGAUUCGGCGUGGAGGAAGAGAAGGAGCGAGCGAGAGAGAGAGGAGAGAGUUUUCAGUCAUGGUUUUACCGUGGAGGCGACCAGUACUGAGCGCGACGACGCCACGAUGAUGCUGCACGUUCUCCUCGGAUUGUCGCUGGCAGUGCUGGCCGAAGCGCAAGCGCCAUUGUGUUGCAAGACAGUCGUGGCGCCAUCCUGGUGCAAGCAUGCCUGCGAGCAGGUGCCGGUUCUAGUUAACAUGGAGAAGCGCAAGAGUAUGCUGUUGGAGAUAGACCUGCUAUGUCCCAAGUCUCAGGAAGACUAUUGGAUCUGCCUGAACGCUACCGUCGCAGCGACGUGGGGGAAGAACAGGGAAAACCUCAAGGGAAUAAAACCAGGCUCUCUUCCUCACCCGCGUGCUCUAAUCGUCUGCCAUCUCCUGCCAUCACUGCGCAUUAGCUUGCAUUACCCGCGUUUUUUUCCUAUUCCGCAUCGCGCGUUUUCUUUUUGGCUGCCGUAA